UCAUUGACGUCAUUGUGAUUAUUGUGGAGUUGAACUUUGUUGCACGAAUUUCGUGAAUUUAUUUUGUCCAAACGACAAAAAAAUACAGCCAAACGGUGUUUCCGAACUUAUUAUGCCUAAUGAUUUAUUAAAACAGCUGGGCGGAAGGAAAGCAAUCAUGGCACCAUUGUCCCCGACCCCCUGUGCGGAGAUCAGCGAUGAUGAGCUGGUCUCCAUCUCCGUGCGGGACCUGAACAGGCAGCUCAAGAUGAGAGGGCUGACCAGGGAUCAGAUAGUCAGAAUGAAACAGCGGCGGCGGACGCUGAAAAACAGGGGCUACGCGGCGUCAUGUCGCAUCAAACGAAUCGAGCAGAAGGAUGAACUAGAAACUGAGAAAAGCCAGGAAUGGCACGACAUGGAGCUAAUGCAGGAAGACAAUAACCGCAUCCGGGAUGAGAUAGAGGCUCUCCGGAGCAAAUAUGAUGCCCUCAAACGGUUCGCUGUCAUGAAGAACAUACCUUUGCCGCCUGAGCUAGAAUUACUGCCUUAAGUAAAAUAUAGAAAUAUAUUAUGGUAGAAGUACUAGUGCUCGACGUUGCACUAGUAUUCGACAUGGGCACUUUAUGUCAAAGUAAUGUGGGUCCCCGGGUAUGUCCUUAAACUACGUCCAGGACCCGGAUAUGUCCUUAAACCACGUCCAAGACCACCGGUGGAGGGGCAGCAGCGUCCCUCAAAUUCGGUGUACUCGACUGCGAUCGCCAACCCGCCUGCCAAGCGUGGCGAUUAUAGCAUUCACCCCCCAAAAAAGGGGGAGGCCUAUGUUCAGCAGUGGACGUCUUAUGGCUGAGAUGAUGAUGAUGAAUGUGGGUCGGGCGAACACAGCUCAAAAUACUUUAAUAAAACAAGUGCCCAUGUCGAAUACUAUUGCAGCGUCGAGCACUAGUACUUCUAAUUUAGUGUAAUAAUUUUAGUGUAUUGUAUGUUUUAAAAUUAAUGAUGGACAGUGAUCGGAUGACAAUUUGAAUUAUUUCGUCAUUCUCAUGAUGGUGAACUCGUUAUUAAUUAGUGUCUUUCCUUUAAAUUUUCUUAAGAUCAAAGUAGAUGUUAUGGUUUGUGAUUAUCGUGUAUACCUACUUUUUACAAUGGUUAUAUGUUAGUUUGUACGUUAGACUAUGUUUAUUUUAUUUAUUUGAGAUUAAAUAUUAAGAUCUAGUAUAAUA